AUGCGCCAGCAGCAGGCCCCCCCCGCUGCUGCCGACCCCGCGGCCCCGGCCCAGCAGCAGCGGCCCCCCGGGGCCCCCCGGGGGGCCCCCCCGCCGUCCCACAGCGCUGCGGGGGCCCUCAGCUCCCCGCCCACCGGCCACGGCGUUGCCUCCGCCGCUGCAGCCCCUUCCUGCGAGGGGGCCCCGGCUGCAGCUCGGGAACAGAAGCAGGAGCAGCAGCGGGAGCAGCAGCGGCAGCCGCGGCAGCAGCGGGAGCAGCAGCAGCAGCAGCGGGAGCAGCAGCAGCAGGAGCAGCAGCGGCAAGGCGUUCCGGGGGCCCGCGGGGAGCUGCAGCGAGGGCCCGAGGGUGUCUCCUGCUGCCCGCCGCGCGAGCAGCGACCCGACCCCGAGAGCGACCCACGGGCACAGCAGCCUGAGCAGCAGCAGCAGCAGCAGCAGCAGCAGGAGCCGGAGCAGGGGGACAGCGAGAGCUGCGGCAGCGGCGAGUGCGCGUUCGCCGGGGCCAACGACGACACCCCGCUGGUGGUGCUGGGCCGCUGCCGCUCGAGCGAUGGCUGGAGGCACGGCAGCAGCAGCGGCAGCGACGAGUCUUACGUGGAGAGCAGCAGCAGCAGCACGAGAGGCGCAGCUUUCGACAGCAGCUGCUGCGGGGGCAGCCACGGGAGCUGCGGGCACUGGCGGCGGGGCCUCGGGGAGGAGAAGACAGAAGCAGUAGACGGGGGCACUUGGAUUCGCGAGGCUGUGCGGUAUAUGGAGCUGGUGGUGGAGGGCAGCAGCAGCACGGAAGCAGCAGCAGCAGCAGCUGCCGCGGCGGCCUCCUACUGCAGCAGGAUGAAGAGCCGGCUCGCAGCAGGCAGCCGCAGCCUCGAGCUCUCCCAGGGCCCCCAGCUUUCUGCUGCUUCUGCUGCAGCAGAAGUUGGCCCCCCCUGGCGCUCCCGGCUCAAGGCUGGCACGGCCAAGUCCACGCUGGGGGGCGCGGACGAGCGCCCCGUUGCUGCAGCAGCUGCUGCUGAAGACGAGGAAGCUGCAGCGCCGCUGCAGCAAGUCCAUGUCCUCGUGCUGCAGCUCUACAAGCAGCUGCAGCAAAUCGCCCGCCAGGUCUUGAAGGAGGACUGCGACUGUUCUCACUGCCCCUGCAUCCAGCAGGGGGAGGGCCGCCGGGCCUUUCCUCCUGUGGGGGAGCAGGUCGGCAGCAACAAUAGCAGCAGCAGCAGCAGCAGCAGGGUGUGUGCCUGUUGCGCUUUUAGCCCCCCUCUGCGGAUAGGCGCUGCGCUGGCGCACCUCUACAGCGAAAACCCGGCCCGCUUCUCGCUGCUGAUGCACGACUCUUUGCUGCUGGCGCUGCUGCCGCUGCAGCGGCAUGCUGUUGCUGCUCUCGCCGACGCUGUGCUGCAGCAGCCUUCCCCGCUGGCGUCGCUGCUUCUGGACGAGGGCCCCUCGCGGCUCCUCGAAGAGACAGCGGAAGCGACUGCAGCGGGGGUGGUUGCUGCUGGCGCCAGCUGCCGCGCCAGCGCCAGCAAGGGCGCGGAGCAGCAGCACCAGCCGCAGCAGCAGCAGCAACAGCAGGGUCCGCAGCAGCCGCAGGAAGGCGCUGCGGAUGUCCCCGAGCGGCAGGCCCUUCUGGCGGCGGCACUGGGGCGGGCCGGCAGCAACAGCAGCAUCUGGAGUGUUGUGGAAAAGAUGAAAAGACGGUCUUGGCCUGGGUGCUUGGGCCCGGCGAACUCGGGGCAAGUGGGGCCGAGCUACAGCUGCUGCGGCGUCCCGCUGUGUGUGCACAAGCGUGCUGCAGCGAAGCGGUUUGUGCAGCGGCAGCGGGGACAGCAAUCGCCGUGGCAGCGGCAGCUGCAGCAACUGCAGCAACUGCAGCAACAGACGGAGCGGCAGCAGCAGCCUCCCGCCAAAGAUGCGGAGGCCUGUUUGCUGCUGCGCAAGGAAGGUGAGGGCGAUCAGGGGAGUCGAGUUUCACCGAUGAAAACGGCAGCUGCAAAGACGGCUGCCGCCGUGCCAGCGGCAGCAGCGGGCGCUGCUGCUGCUGCUGCCGGCGGGCCGGAGUGCAGCGGCUGCGGCUACGCGUCUGCUGCUCCCGGCUGCGCCGGCUGCGCCCGAGUGCAGAAGCAGCUGGGGCUGUUCAACAGCAGCACGGAGCCGCCCUGGACUUUGGGGCAGUACGUGACGCGGCUGCAGCACUUGGCGUCGGCGACGGAACACGAGAUGCUGAUGGCGCUGCUGCUGCUGACGCAUCUGCAGCAAAGGCAACAGCAACUCCGGAUUUCGCAGAAAAACGCCCACCGCCUGCUUUUGGCAGCUCUUGUUCUUGUUUCGAAGGUUGUACGAGAUGACCACACGCCGCUGGCUAUGUGGGCUGUCGUGGGCGGGGUGCCGCCUCGGGAGCUUGCAGCUCUUGAACUGGCCCUUCUUGAACUGGUGGGCCACCGCGUUUCUUUCACUUUCCCUGAGUUUGCUGCGGCGUAUUGCCUGGCGGCGGCGGUUUCCCACCUGCAGCAGCAGCAGCGGAGGCCGAGCGCGCAGCAGAAGCAGCGGCAGCAGCUGCCGCAGCUGCAGCAGCUGCCGCAGCUGCAGCAGCUGCCGCAGCAGCUGCUGCAGCUGCGCGACGUGCGCAGCAGCUCAGCGGACCCGGCAAGACAGCGUUUUGGGGAAGGACCCGCUGCGGGGGAGGAGGAGGAGGGCGCAGCAGCGGGGCCAGCAAGAAGCAAAGAAAAGAGGAAGGAAAGUACCGGCAGCGACAUUAGCGCCUCAAGAGAGGCCGAAUGUGAGCCUAGCAUCAACGUGAACUCAGCAGGAUCAAUUGUGGACCUCUCCUCGCGACCGCCUGGCCGAGAGAAGUCUCUGGUGCCUUUGCUGUGUAAGCACACCGUGGCAGCGCUGCCCCGGCCGGCGCUGAAGACCAAUCCCAUUCUGAGGCGACUUGCACAGCUGCGAGGCGACGCGAGUUGGCUCUAG